CUGAAGACAGUCAGGGGCUGAACUCUGACCCCAACAGUUAUGGUCACCUGCCAGAAAGUGGAACUCAAAGCAAAGCAGCCUCCAUGUCAGACUCAGCAGAGACCCACCUGAAGAGCCUUUCGAAAGAUCUGGGAUUGGAGCAGUUCUACAUACAGAAACUAUCACUCAGUAAGAUACUUCAAAUUGAUAAGAAGACCACUGAUAAUCAACCUGCCAAGUGUAAAUCUGACCUUCCUUGGUAUUUUUUGAAGAAAUUGAUGAUGGUGAAUGCAACAGCCAGAAAUGUGACAUAUCGAUCAGAAUGUGAAAGUGAUGUGUCAGAGAAUGAUGAGUUUGAUCUGGAUGAUCUCCUGAGCAGUUCAAACUCUGCUGAUGUGUUGAAUCCCCUCGACAUAAUCACUGCUCUUUUUCUGUGUUCUGAUGGUUUUGUGCAGCAGGAAUUAGCUCUCAAAAUGUCCAUGUGUCAGUUUUCUGUGCCUCUGCUGCUUCCUGAUUGUGAUAAAAAUCAGAGCACAUUGAUGGUGUGGGCUUUGACAGACAUUGUUAAAAAGUACAGACCCAAAUCACUCUCCAAAGGUUUCACUGAAGACAGAAUGGUUAAGUCUGAACUACCAAUGAUCUCUUUUGUGAGACUGGGUGAGUGCUCUUUGUCCAAGUCAGAGACCCUCAACAAGCUCCUGAGCAGCUCUCAGCAGUACCAUGACACCUUUGUUCACCACAACAUGGACUGUGGAGACACACCACGAAGAAUAUCCAAUGGACUGACUGAGAUGACUUGGUACCUUCCUUGUGGCAAUGAAAACAUUGAUAUUUUCAGCCACCCAGUGGCUUUAGCUAACCUCAGAGGAGAUAUUGCCUCUUUCCAAACACAGUUUUCCUUUUUGUGUCAAACAUCUGCAGCAGUCUUUGUUUUCUUUGAUAAUCUCAACCCUGAGUGGAAACUACUGACCAACCUGAACAGCAAGUCAGAGAUAUUCUUAGUGGGAAACCACCAGAGCAGGAACUUCAGUCCAGGUGUUCUUAAACAAGUAGCAACUCACAUGUCCUUGAAAAACAAAAACAUCAUUUUGAAGAAGAAAUCCAUCAAUGAAGCAGACUUUGUGAAACGUCUGAGGCAAGCAGUUAGUCAUGUAGUUGAGAAAACAGAGAUGAAGAUGAGAAUUGAGCAGAUGGCUGAGGUUGCCCAUGAACUGGGAAUAUUGGUGGAUGAAGACUCUCCAGAGUGCCAGACUGGAAAACAACAAGCAGACAUGAUCACUGCUGGAAUUCAAGACAUCUUGAAGUACAAAGAAGAUCAGCUGCCAAUGCAAGGGCAAAUAUGGAAGGAUUUUACUGCCUUAGAGAAGGAAGAAGUUCGACUUCGAAAAGUUGGAUCUCAAAACAUUGAGGACUACAAAAGUGACCUUCAGCUGCAGAGAACUGAACUGCGAAAGAAACAAAAAUCUUCUGGCAUUUCCACAGCAAUGACAUCCUUUAUCAGUGCAAUAUCAAGGAACACUUUAGAGAGAGGCUUUUUUCUUAAGUGGAUGCGAAUUAACCUUGAUGACAUAUCUCGUGUAAAACUGUCAGAACUGAGGGAGCUGUACAAAGAAAAGUGCAAGAACUCUGAGAACAAUGCAGAGAUCAAAGAAAUUGAUCAACAGCUUUUUAACAGUUCACUAGGCACUGAACACUUCUUCCGUGAGAUGAGUCAAAUCUAUGAAGCUUCACGAGCUCUAAUAGAAACACAUCCAUCACGUCAGCAGUUAAAUCAUCUGCCCAAACUUGGUGCACAGCUGCUACUUGAUGGAUUUCCACUGGAGCUUGUAGAUGGAGAAGCUUCCAACAUCCCUCUGAGCUGGGUCAGUGAUGUUCUCUCUCAGCUCAAUGACUUGGUGGGUUCUAAGAACAGGAUACUGGUUGUUACAGUUCUGGGAGUUCAGAGCACAGGAAAGUCCACUCUCCUCAACACCAUGUUUGGAGUGCAGUUUGCAGUCAGCAGUGGUCGAUGCACUCGCGGUGCCUUCAUGCUGCUCAUCAGAAUUGAUGAAGAGCUCCAAAAAGAGCUCAACUGUGACUUCAUGAUGAUCAUUGACACUGAAGGCUUGAAGUCCCUAGAACUCACCCAGCUGGACAACAGCUAUGAACAUGACAAUGAACUAGCAACACUUGUUGUGGGGCUGAGCGACAUCACCAUUAUCAAUAUUGCAAUGGAGAAUUCAACAGAAAUGAAGGACAUCCUCCAGAUAGUCGUGCAUGCUUUCCUCCGGAUGAAGGAAGUGGGCAAAAAGCCACAAUGUUACUUUGUUCACCAGAAUGUGUCUGAUGUUUCAGCCCACGAGAAGAACUUACGAGAUCGGAAGCUGCUCUUUGAACAGUUGAAUGAGAUGACCCAGGCAGCAGCCAGAGUGGAAAAGAAAGAGCAGAACAAGAGCUUCACUGAUGUGAUGGCGUAUGAUCCUGACACUGGGAACUGCUACAUUCCUGGUCUCUGGACUGGAAACCCUCCAAUGGCACCAGUCAACACAGGCUACAGCGAGGCUGUUUAUGAGCUCAAGAAAAACAUCAUCCAGCUCCUGAGAAACAGAGAUUCAUCUGUCAACAAAGUGUUGGAGUUUAAAGAGUGGAUGACAAGUCUGUGGAAUGCAGUGAAGCAUGAAAACUUUCUCUUCAGCUUCAGAAACAGCCUUGUCGCCAAGGCCUACAUGAGGCUCUGCACAGAAUUCAACAAAUGGGAAUGGGAAUUCAAAAAAAUUUACGACUGGGUCACAAGUGCAGAAACCAAAAUUUCUAAUUUUGGUACCAUUGCUGCACAAUCACACACGUCUGACUUGAAACAAUUUCACAGUCAGUUAAAAACUGAAGCUGUCAGAGUAAUGUCUGACCGGGAGACAAAACUAGUUGAUAAAGUAACUCGAUACUUCAAGCAAACAGCUGGUCAUGUCAAUCUGGUUGUUGGAUACAAAGAAGAUUUUGCAAACAGUGCAAGAAGCCUUCGAAACCAGACUGAGAGGUCUGUACUUGAUCAGCUUCAAGCAGCAGUGGACAUCAAACAGGGAAUGGCAGAGCCCGAUACAAUUAAAGAAACUCACACAAAAGAAAUUGAAAAAGCAGUGUGUGACCUGAUUGAGAAAUGUCGAAAGAGAAAGGUUCAGAUGAGUGAUGAAGAGCUGGAGGAGGAAUUCAACAAGAUGUGGAAUGAAACACUGAGCAAACUGACUUCUCCAAAACAACAUGUUACAGAUGUGUGCGGAGAUGUUUAUCGGCAGUUGCAAGAAAAUCUGGCAUACUGGGGACAUCAUGCAGAUGAAAUACUAAGCAAAACAAGGCUGGAAGAUUAUGGAAGUCUUGAGUCUUCAGACUACUGGAAAUACAUCAUGACCAAGUACAAUGAUGACUUUGCUAAAGAAUAUAAUGCAGAGCCUGCUGACAUUCCUGAAACUUGGAGAAAGAUCACAUCUCAACAGGCAGAAGAAAGCCUGAAAAAGUCCUUUUACAUGAAUUGA